CGCAAACCCAGAACGAGCCCAGGAUCUACAAGACGCCAUUGUCGUAGUGAGAAGAAAAGGAAGCCCAUUCCAGGCGGAGGCGUGUCGCCUUUCUCGAAGGCGCCGCCAUGGAUCGUGACUUUGAUCAUGGCGGUUUGGAUCAGCCUCGGCCUCGAGGUCGGCCGAGCAGACGAAACGCCACGGAUAUUGGAAACACAUAUGUGCAUUACAUGCAUGACAGGCGCUCAAAGAAUAGCAGUGUAAGGGGGUUCGAAGUCGAAAGGCCGAGCCUGAGCUAUGCGGCAUCCAUGAUUCCUCCAGCGGCGCGAAAAGCGAAAGCCGUUGACUCCUUACCCGCGAAACAUCUACAUUCAUCCUUCAACAAGCACAGGCACCCAGUGAAUGUGGUAAAGUGGACCCCGGACGGUCGUAGACUACUUACGGGCGCUACCAGCGGUGAAUUCACCCUGUGGAAUGGCACUGGGUUCAAUUUCGAGACGAUAAUGCAGGCACACGAAGCUGCUGUGCGAUCCAUUGUCUACUCACACAGCGAUGAUUGGUUAAUCUCCGCAGACCAAGAAGGUCUAGUCAAGUAUUGGCAGCCGAAUUUCAACAAUGUCAAGGAAAUCCAAGCUCACGACAUGCCAGUACGGGACAUGGCGUUUGCGCCACAGGACUCCAAGUUUGUCACUGCGUCUGAUGAUGCAUUCCUGAAAAUCUUCGACUUCGCAACAGGCGAGGAGAUCUCAAAGCUGGAUGGUCAUCAAUGGGAUGUGAAAGCCGUAGACUGGCAUCCUUCAAAGGGUUUGCUGGUUUCAGGCUCCAAAGACCACAACCUUAAGCUAUGGGAUCCUCGUUCUGGUCGUUGUUUGACCACACUGCAUGGUCAUAAGAAUACAGUCAACAUGACCAAGUUCGAGCCCAGCAGAGGCACUCUGCUAGCCUCUUGUGCUCGUGACCAGACUGUUAGAGUCUUCGACAUCAACAUGAUGCGAGACGUCUUCUUGCUCAAAGGCAAUGAGAAAGAGAUUAAUUCCAUCGUCUGGCAUCCUAUUCACUCAUCUAUGCUGAGCACAGGAGCCGCCGAUGGCGCCAUGUCUCAUUACUUGCUCGAUGAGCAGAAUCCGCCACCCGGCACCCAGAUUACAACAUCCCCGUACGAUGCACCCAAUCCAGCAGAUGCUCCUGCACAGACACUAUAUCCGUCGCAUAAAGUGGCAUUCGCGCAUGAGUUCAAUGUUUGGAGCAUGGACUGGCAUCCUAUGGGCCACAUCUUAGCCUCGGGAUCGAAUGACAGAGCUACUCGGUUCUGGACACGUCCAAGACCUGGAGAAGGUAGUUUCAUCAAUGACAAGUGGCACAUCGGUCAAAGUGCUGCAGAGGAGAAGGGAACGUGGAAGAGGAAUGAGCGUCAAGCGAGAGAAGAGGAAGACGCCGAAGAGCAGGAUGAAGCAGAUGGACUCGAAGACCAGCAGAUGCCCAGCAGAUCAGCCCUCCCAGGACUUCCCGGGCUCCCGGGACUCGGAUCUGCAAUACCGGCACCAUCGCCAGAAAAUGGUGUAUUUGGCGGUGCACCCUCUAACUUGCCAAUCCAUGGUCUGGGAAAUGGCUUACAGUUUCUGCCUCCUCCACCACCUGGCAGUUUGCCUCCUGGUAUGGACAUGGCUGCUUUCCAAAAGGCUUUGAGUUCAGGACAACUUCCUCCACCCCCGCCUGGAAUGUUGCCUCCCGGUUUCGUGCCGCCACCAGGCUUUCCCACUGGCUAUCCGCCACCUCCACCUAAUGGUUUCCCAGGUAUGCCUCCGUCAACGGAUUCGCCUGCCAACGGUGGAAGCGGCAGCGCAGGAAGUCGAAGACGAGCGCCGCUACCAGAUCAAGCGGACGCCCUCAAGCAGGAAAUGAUGCAAGGACGAUACCUGAAGCCACGCUAGGAACUGGCCAGAACAUAGAUCGACUGUGACGGGCUGGGACAUCACUCGAAUUAUUCCAAAGGGGAUUUGCUGGUUAUGCGAUAAGUAUUGGACCCACCCGUGCUGGGACGUGAAAGUUGGUGGAAAUAUGAGGAUGGCCAGUGCCAAGAAACAACUAUGUCGAAACUGCCAACGUCUCAUGGUGGUGCCAAGGCCACUGACGAGGAACGUCGAAUUGAGACUGCAUCUGGUGAGCGACUAAAUGCAGUGCAAAAACAGAGACAUUGGUACAUCAUGAUGUCUCUUGGAGAUCAUGUGCGCAGAUGCCCUGGUACACGUAAGUGAAAACAAUACCAAAGCUACAGGUCAUUCCCACGCAAGAUACACCUGAUGCCAGCAAGUGACAAUUGAAGACGCCGUACGAGGGAAAUACCAGACUUGAUAAAAACAGCCAAUGCAAGGCCUAUGCUCUUUAUCCAGCAGUACCAUUGCCAAAAUACUAUCUCA